UAAUACCCCGCCACUGUGCCCCGCCACUGUGUUCUUUAUGUAUGUUUUAACAUCUGUAAACCGCACUUAUUACACAGGGCGCUGUAGGCGGACACACGACUGUCUACGCGCCUCGCGCCCUGCGCUACCUAACUAGAGUGCCUCCCAUUAUACAUGAAGACGGCAGUGAUAUAAACCUACCUUAAGGGUUUUCAAUGGCGCAUUCAUAUGCUGCCGUAUGAGCGACUGGCGUUUCGCUUGCCCAGCUUCUCAUGAGGGCUGGUGCUCGUCAGCGAUUCCAGCUUCUGCCUCAAUUUACAAAUGCGGUUAUUGCUUUACACUUGGUAGCUCUCUGGCAAGGAAGCUGGGUCGCUUGCGGCUUGUCCAGCCCUUCAGACAGCAGUUGGGCUGAACAGACAAUUAUAAAUAGUUUGCAGCCUAGGACUGUUAGCAAUGACGGCAACGUGACCCUUCAGGCGGAGCUGCAGAGUCCAGGCUGCCAGCAAGUGAGAAGCGCCGUUACACCAAACUUAACCCUGAGCUUUCUGGGAGCGGCACCCAAGGGCGAUGACGUCCUCGUUCCAGGCACAAUAUCUCCCGACUGCCGCAGCGUCACAUUCCGAGUAGCUGCAUGCCCGACCUUUCGGGGUAUCGGCGCUGGAGUCUAUCCCGUACGCCUGCUAGCAGGACGUAGCCAGCGACCCUUGCUUUUCGCAAGCUCAAAUGAUACCAGCACCGGCAAUACCAACGACGGCGCGGGUCCCUCACCCUACGGCACGUCAGCCUCCAAUACCACGACCCUGGUUACCGUGCUCCAGGCCGCGGUGGCCCGGUUGCUGCGCACCUACACCGCCGCCAGCCGCAGCGACGCCACCCUCACCCUCACCGCGGCGCUUGCGGGCCCCUCGCUGCUGCCCGCCACGCUCGCGCUGCGGCUCUCCGACCCAACCGCAGCGGAGGUGACGCCGCCGCUGCUGACGUGGCGCAAGGGCGAGGCGGGCGGCAAGAACUUCACGCUGCGGAUGCUGCGCGCAUUGGGGGUGCAGCCGUCGUCAGGACAAGCUGCUGGGCAGCAGCAACAGCUGUGGGCUGAGGUGGUGGCCGUGAGCAACGUGGUGCUGGACCCGGCAACGCCGGUGCGGGUGCUGCUGCAGCCGCCGGUGCCGGCGUUUUACGUGGUGGGGGGUCUGGUACUGUACCGCAAGAGCAGUGGCAGUGGUGGGAGUGCAAGUGUAAGCGGUGGCGGCAGCAGCAGCAGCAGCAGCAACCAGAGCAGCAGUAAUGGCACUAGCAGCGGCAGCGGUGGAACCGCUCUGAGCAGUUUGCAGUCAGGAGCGGCUGCGGGCGUGGGCUGGACAAGCUCGCCGCCGCCCGCAGCCCGCUUGGCGGCGGCGCAAGUGGUCAGCGUUGUGAACGUGACGGUCCGCCGAGCCAACCUGAGUCCCUUCACCUCCACACUCAAGUACUCGGCAACUGUGCUGGAGACCAUAGGUUGCGUCAACGCUUCCCUCUGCAGCGGUGUGGUUCGGGCCAGCGGUACGCUGAGCUUCCCAGCCGACCGGGACUCCGCCGCCGUCAACGUCUCCAUCAACUGGGCUGCGCUGCCCGCAUCCGCCUCACUCCGCGUGGGACUGAUGCUGACGCCGGUUGAGAACGCGGAGACCCUGGCUGCAACAGCAAACCUAACCGCCAUCUAUGUGUACGGGACGACGUACGGCACUUGUCCUGCUGGGACGACAGGUCCGUGGCGCGCGCCGGCUCCCCCAGCUGGCGCCCCGCCGCCGCCGCUCGGAACAGGGGCUGCAGGGAACAGCUCCUCUUGGCCUAAGCCCCCGCCGGCAGCCCUGGCGGCUCCGCCUGUAGCCGCCAAGACUUGCGACGAUGCGGCGCUGCUGGGCGGCCUUGACGCAUACACCGUGUCGGAGGCGCUGCUGCCUGUGCUGACAGCUUGUACCGCCGGCAACACCUCACUGCUGCUGCCAGAAGCCAGCAGCCCCAGCUCCGCACCCACACCCGCCACCACGCCACCACCCCCAGCCUCCCAUCCGCAACAACAAGACGUGCAGGACGGCGGCCCCAGCGCCGCACAGCCGCCGCCUUCGCCCUCAGGUGACGCCCUUCAGGUGCUGCUGCGGGUGCCCUUCGGCCAGGACGCCUCCGCAGUCUUCCUGCCGCUUCGUAGCGCUGCGGAGGAUGUGGUGGUGCUCAGCAGCAGCUGCAACCCGCCGCCCCUGGUGCGCUACUUGGUGGGGGAGGGCGCGGGUGCGGGCGGGGGUGCGGGCGGCGCCGCCUCCUGGGCCGUGUGGUCCCUGCCUGCCCGCGUGCAGCAGCCCUGCUCCGCCCAGCUGGGGGUGUACGUGGUGUCCAGCAGCGGCGGGGGGCUGCAGCAGCUGCAGCAGCUGGCGGCAGUGGGGAACAACAGCAGCACCGGCAGCAGCAGGAGCCCGAGCCCAACACCCCCCAACACCCCAUCUUCACCCCCUGACACCAUGCCGGUAGACGUUGCUGCUAGCCCGGGUAGCCACUUCACUGGCGAUGCUGACAGCCCCGACAGCACCACCACUACCACCACCACCGCACCCACAGCCUCACCUGCUCCCCCCGUGCCGGCACCUAGCGGCACCGGCAACCCCGCCUCCCUCAUGUCCACCACCACCACCAGCUCCAGCGGCGGCCUGCAUGUGUACAACCAGGUGCGGCUGCGGACCUUCAACCUCACCCUGCAGCCGAGCAGCGACCCCGCCGUCUUCUCAGGCCCCCGGCUGUCGCUGGCGCUGGUGCACCGCCCCAGCGGCCGCAUCCUGCCGCUGUGCGGGCUGCCACAGCAGCUGCUGCUGGCAGCAACCGCAGCGGCAGCGGCAGCAGCCGGCUCCCAAGCAAUGGGAGGAGCCGCCGCCUUGAACGCCUCCUCCGGCCAGUCCGCCCCCAACAGCACUCAGCAGCAGCAGCAGCAGCUGGCGUAUGUGUUCGCCACGCUGGCUGAGGCCAUUCGCGGCAACAUGGCGGCGGUGCUGGCGCUGCAGCAGCAGCAGCAGUCCCAGGCGGCAGCUCCUCCAACUCCCGGCAGCAGCGGCUUGCGGCGGGGACGGGCGCUGCAAAGCAGCAGCAGCAGGGGCCGUGGACUUCGAGGCGAACCUGCCUCCUUGUUGCCACCACCACCACCAUCGCCGCCACCUGCUUCCUUCCCAGCCGCACCCCCUGCUGGCCGCCCGAAUCCCGGAGCCGUGGCAGCAGCUCCCACACCACCCCCUCCCAACUCCCAUAACCCACCAGCACCAGCACCAGCACCACCACCAGCAGGGCUCCCGCCAUCCUCCUCCCUACCUGCAGCUGCCCCCGCACCACCUCAACAGCAGCAGCAGCCGCCAGCCCGGCAGCCGGUGGCAUCCAGGUCAGCCAUCGCACUCGCCGACACGCCACCCGACGGCUUCAAUUUGCCCUCCAUUGCCUCCGGCGACAGUGCUGCUGCUGCUGGCACCGCUGCUGUGCUGCAGGUGCUGUACAACCCGCAGUACAUGGACUGGUGUGGCGCGGGGGAGGCGCAGGUGGUGGAUCUGGCGCUGCUGCCCCCCUCGUACGACAUGCAGCUGGAGGCGAGCAGCGGCGGCGUGGUGCUGCAGCAGCAGCAGGUGGAGGUGGUGGUGGGGGCGGGGGCAGGAGGGGGCGGGGAGCAGGAGGAGGAGGGGCAGUCGCCGCUGGUGCUGGGGGAGAAGACACGUGCAACGCUCUUAAAACAGCGCCAGGCGGCGGCAGCAGCAGCAGCGGCAAAGGCCCCAUCACCGCCUAGUCCGGCGCCUGUGUCCGCCCGGAAGCCCCCUGCUUCCGUUUUGCCGAUUGCUGCACCCGCAGCACCCAACCGCGGUACCCCCCAAGAUGAUGCUGGCGAUGAUGAUGAUGCCGAGGCGGAGGAGGCGGGAGGCGAGGUCGACCCGGACUACGACAGCUGCCCGGCUGCCGCUGCGCGCUCGCGGCUGCAGGCGGAACAGCGGCUGCUGCUGACCCUGCUGGCCCCGGACGGGGUCACCUGCGCCACCCGGCUGCUGGACCUCUACCUGGACUACUCGGCCGCUGCGGCCGCGGCAGUGGCGGCGGCGGAGCAAUGCAGCAGCAGUAACAACAACAAUAGCAGCAGCAACAGCCCUCCGAUGCCGGCCCCGGGGGCUGCCGGCAAGCAGCUGUCCAGCGGCACAGGCCCUAGUGCCGGUGGUGCCGGGGUGCCCUACCCGCCUUCCCUGCCUUCCUCGCCUCCGGAUGCUGGCGGGGAGUUGCUGCCGGUGUUGCUCACACCAUCGGUGCUGUUCCCGCUGGAUGCCUGCCGGCGCUGCGGCCCGGGCAGCUACAGCGCAGCCGCCAAUGCGAGCGUGUGCCUGCCUUGCGCGGUCGGCAGCGUAAGUAGCGAGGUGUACAAUCCGGCGUGCGUGCCGUGCCCCGCGGGGACGUAUGCGUGCAGGAACGGCACCACCUGCAGGCUCUGCCCCCCGGGCUCCUUCUCCAGCCGCCCCGGCUCCACCGCUUGCAGCGUGUGCUCCGACGGCAGCACCACACUGGCCGACGGUGCCGCCGCCUGCGUCGCCAGCCCCCCGCCGGCGGAGUCGCAGCGGGCGCUGCUGGUUUCCUUCCAGGUGCUGCUCAACGUGUCGCAGCGCGGCAACCUGUCGGACCUGGCGGCGGACAGCACCGGCAUCGACGCGCCGCCGGCCUCCAUUGUGCGGCUGCUGAUUGCGGCGGACACAGCGGACGCGCUGGGCAUUGUGACGACGCAGGUGCGCGUGAUGCUACAGGAGGUGAGCACCUCCGCCUUCCUGGUCAACGUGUCCGCCACCAUGCCCCUGGAAAUGAACCCCGACUCCUCUUCCUCCUCCUCCUCCUCCUCCUCAUCCAACCACGGCAGCAACCCCUCCUCCUCCUCCGGCAACCCCUCCUCCUCCUCCGUCUCCACCGGCUCCCCAACCAAAGACGUGGACGCUGACAUGCUGGUCAACCGACUGGUCAACAACUCCGACAGCAGCUUCCCGCGCACCAAGGAGGCCACCGGCGGCUCCCUGCAUGUGCAGCUGGUGGACCGGCGGGUGGUGACGCUGCGGGCGGGCGGCGGCGCGCCCAGCGUGCAUGCGGUGGUGUGGCCCACGCUGGCGGGCACUGCGGUCCUGGCGGUGGCGGUGGGCUGGGCGUGCAGGCGGUACUGGGGGCGCCGGCGGGGGCGGCAGUGCCCCAGCUUGCCGCCCAUUACGGAUGCGCUGGGCAGGCUGUGCGGCAAGUGGAAGGUGCCUGGCAGCCCCCCGCCCGCCUACGUGCUGUACGGCCAGACGGCUCUGUUGGAGCUGCAGGACCUGCCAGCAUCCGCCUCCGCGCCGCGACACCGGCUGCGGGGCGGCGCGCGGCUGCUGCUGCCCAGCCUGCCGCUGGGGCCCGCGGGUGCGCGGGAGGCCGGCGCGAUGGGGCCCGGCAGCGCCUCGGCGCCCGACCUGGAUGCCCUCACGGCGAUGUACACGAGGGAGGCGCUGGCGGCACCGCGGAUAUGAUGUGUGUGUUUGUGGUGGUGGGGGGGAAGAAACAUUAAACUGGUAAAUAAGGAAUGGAUGGUUGGGGCUGUCACUGUAACCGGUAUCUGCCGGGCUUUGUGGUUGUGUAGUUAUUCAUGACAUGGUUUGCAGCUCGCUGGAUGCAUAUGGUGCAGGGGAGAGUGCUGCGUGCGUGUGACAUGCCCGGGGGGAUGUGCAGGAGGCGGGAGGGGGUGCGCUUGCAGCUGUGACUUAUAUGCGAUUUGCUGCCGGAUGCAAUUGCUGCCGAAUGCGGUGGUAUGAGCCAUUGGGGAUGUUGUUGGGGUUGGUACGGUUGUACAGUGAUCGCUCGUGAUCUAGGAAGAGAUCGGCGAUGGGGGAUGGGCUAGGGGGUGAUGCAGGUUGACUGGUGGCCACCAGAUGAGUCAGCUAAUGGCUAUAGGGGUUUUGAAGCAGGCGUGGGAACGUGCAUGCGAAGCUAUGCACGUACGCAAAGGAGGCUAUAUUCCUUACAGGCACUAAAGAAUUGUUGGGGACGGCCAUACUUUAGGGUAGAUAGCGAAGAGUAUUGCGCUGCUUUGCUCGUUGACAAUCCGGUUUCUAGUCCUUGCCGCUUAUGGGUCAUAUGCACUGUUUGCCUAGCACAUCGU